AGAGCUUAUGAAAGCUCUUCCGGCAGACGACCCCCCGCAGCUUCACGCGCCAGAUGGACCUUUACCAUGCCUACCGCGACGGCGCUUACCACCAAGUCGGCCUUCCCAAACUUGACUUGCAGAUACAGGGGCCCAACUCACGGUUCUUCUUCCCCUGGCACCGCUGCUACCUCUACUUUUAUGAGCGCAUCCUCGGCAACCUCAUCGGUGACAAUGAGUUCUCCAUUCCCUUCUGGAGCAUGGAAGACCCCGAAAGAAAGGUGGUGCCUGAUUUCCACAACAAGAAUCGCGACCCGAACAACCAAAAGCAAAAGCCGUUAAUCCACGAUUGGGGCCAGGAUUCGAACCCAGGCUUCACCGAACGCAUGGAAGACAACCUCAAAUACAUGCACCAAUCUAUGACAUUGAUUGGAAAGAGCGCGGGGCUCUUCAUGGGCUCGUCGAACGGGGAAGGGGAGGAAACCAAUUACCCUGGCGGUGGAUCCAUAGGGCAAAUCCCACAAUGCCUUGCUCAUGUCCAGAUCGAGGAGCCGACCGACUCCAACUUUGAUUCCAUUGGCAGCUUCUACUAUUCCGGGCGUGACGUGUACUAUUUUGGAAUCUGUGCCAACGUCGACCGCAUCUGGUCGUUUUGCGAGGCAAAGGUCCAUCCCAGCGACAUCGGUGACCCUGAAUGGCUCGACUCGUAUUUCUACUUUUAUAACGAGUACCGGCAGAUUGUGAAGAUGAAGGUUAGGGAUUGCCUUGACACGGAGAAAUUAGGUUUCAAGUAUGAGACGGUGGAGCUUAAAAGUGAUGUAUGAAUGUGCUUUUGCGUGUUUAUUUUCUUAGGUUUGAUAAAUGGUUUGACUACAACGCAUGGUUAAACUUAGGCUUUGUAAUGAUAUGUUUGUUGUUGUGCGUCUCUUAUUUCCAGCAAGAGUAUGUCAGACGUUGGGUGUAUUUCAUUUUCAAUAAGAGUGUCAUUAAUAGUUUUUUUAGUAAA